AGGACCAUGGCGUUCAUGGUGAAGACCAUGGUGGGCGGCCAGCUGAAGAACCUCACGGGGAGUCUGGGGGGCGGCGAGGACAAGGGAGAAGGGGAGAAGUCGGCGGCCGAAGCACACGGCAUGAGCCGAGAAGAGUAUGAGGAGUACCAGAGACAACUGGUGGAGGAGAAGAUGGAACGGGAUGCACAGUUUGCCCAAAGGAAGGCUGAACGUGCCACUCUGCGGAGCCACUUCCGGGAUAAGUACCGGCUACCCAAGAAUGAAACGGACGAGAGCCAGAUCCAGAUAGCAGGGGGAGAUGUGGAGCUGCCCCGGGAGCUGGCCAAGAUGAUUGAGGAGGACACAGAGGAGGAGGAGGAGAAAGCCUCCGUGCUCGGGCAGCUGGCCAGCCUCCCAGGCGUGGACUUCAGCUCCAUCAAGGACAAGGCCCAGACCACACUGGGGGACCUCAAGCAGUCAGCUGAGAAGUGCCACAUCAUGUGACCACAUUCCCUACCCCCAACUGGGGUGGUCCACUGG